AAUUUCUCUUUCUGUCGGAUUUCUCAUUUUCAUUGUGUCAAGAAUAAAAUUGUCGAGAACUUUGACAUUUAUUUGAUAUGUAAAUAGUAUUUACAAAGGCAAUUAAAAUCAGUGGCUAAGCACUUCAAACAACUAUUAUAAGUUGUUUCUUUUUAAUUGUGAUGUUUAAGUGAAGGAUUUACAGGAUAGUUAAUGAACAUGUCCACUCCAAGUAAACCAUGGGAGAUGAACUCCCUGCAGAACAACAGACAAAUUCCACAGGGUUCAACAUAUUCAACUCGGAGUACACCUAUGUUACCACCGAGGCCACAAAGCCUUUCAUAUGGUGGCAUGAAUUCAUAUUCCCCUUACUCUAGUUAUGGAGGUAUGCCCUAUAGGAGUUCUCUAUAUGGAGGUGGAUAUGGCAGUGGAUAUGGUACUGGAUAUGGUGGUGGAUAUAGCAGCUAUGGUGGAGGAUAUGGUGGUUACGGAUCAUACAAUAGUGGAUAUGGAAUGUAUGGUAUGAAUUCUGGAUAUGGAACCAUGGGACACAAUGGAAUGGGAGAUGAUGCAGAAAGGAGAUUUAUCCAAUAUGCUGAGGAGAGUUCUCGAAAUGCAUUUAGUAAUGUGGAAAAUAUUGUGAGAGCAUUUAAUAGUAUGGCAAUGAUGCUGGACAAUACAUUUUUUGCAAUGACUAGUUCAUUCAGAGCUGUGCUUGGAGUGGCAGACAAUUUUGGACGAUUACGUUCAAUGUUUGGGCACGUUUUUCAUGCAUUGAACAUCUUCAGACUGAUAAAAUGGUUUUAUGUGAAAUUCCUUGGCAUGGCUGGUUAUAAAGUCCUGCAGGAGAGCAAAUCCAAUGCCUGGAAGGAAGCCAUGAAUGGAGCAGCUGCAGAGGCUGGUGAAUCUACUGGCUCAAGUUGGCCAACAAUUGCAUUUCUUGGAGUUCUCCUCUCUGCUCCAUAUCUUAUCAGCAAGUUUCUCCCAAAAUAUGAAGAUAAACUUAAUCCUGAGAUGUGGAAAACAACAGGGGUACAGGCAAAGGCUGCAUUCGAUUUUGCAGCGAGUUCAGGCAACGAACUUUCAUUGAAUGUGAACGAUGAAAUCGUUCUUGCACCACAGAGCGUCCAGACGGAGAUGAAAUUGAACAAUUCUGGAUGGGCUUAUGCUACUUGCAACGGCCGCAGCGGCGUUAUCCCCUUGAAUUACAUUGUAAUCAAGAAGAAAUCAGCGGACGGGACUUAUGCACCAAUGGUUAGGAAACCCCAGAAGCGAGUCAGUUUUGGUGAAAAUCAAAUAUUUGAGGACAGCCGUAGAAUCUUCGACGAGAUUAAUAAACCCGCACCACCGAAAUCUGAAGAACCUGUUGCAAACGUUGAAAUUGAUGAUAACGUGAAACCUGUACAAGAAGAGUCAUCCGUUUCAGCCGAGCACGAAAGCAGCAGUAUCAUAAAUUCUAGUCCAAAUCUCAAUGAAGACGCAUCUCAAAAAUAAUAUGUUGUACCUGGUGAUUUUGUGUGCUUUUACGUACAUGUUCAUUUUGUCUACUGAGGUAAUAAUGGUUUAUUAAUUGGUUCACACAGGCAUUGUUCCACUUAAUUAUCUUUUAAGUGUUAAGAAUAAAUAAACAAUUGUAUAUUG